CAACAUUGUGGCGAUACUGAGGGUUACAGUUUAGGAGACGCGUCUAUCCGUCAGGCCGGCUCCGGGCGGUCGGGAAGAGGAGGAGAAGGAGGAGGGGCGGGGAGAUCGGCCUGGACGAGCGGCGGAGACGCACACAUCGCCGGCCCCUACCGCCUACCGGCCUGCCCGGCCCCGCAGGACCCGCUCCUCACCUUCCGAGAGCCGCAGACGCAGCACCGCGGCCUCGCGCUGGGGGCGGCCGGGACGGGCGCGAGGCGCUGCCGCAGCACUGGGCUUGUAAACAGAUCCAGCCGCACGUGACCAUGUGAACUACCUGCUCCGGGGACGCGUAUUGUCUUUCCCGCGAGCCGCCACAAAGGAAAGCGGCGGGUUCAAGUGAGGAGGGCCGGGCGAGUAAACGGGGAGAGCCGGCUGGCGCGCUAAGAUGGCCGAAGGCGCUCAGCGAGGGUGAGCGGGGGGCGCGGUGCAGCCAGCCGGUGAGUCUUCGAGCGGGCAGGGCCAGCGGCGCCUCCCCCGCGGCCUGGCACCGGAGCCACCAUGUCGUUCGCGCUGGAGGAGACGCUCGAGUCGGACUGGGUGGCCGUGCGGCCCCAUGUGUUCGACGAGCGCGAGAAGCACAAGUUCGUCUUCAUUGUGGCCUGGAACGAGAUUGAGGGCAAGUUUGCCAUAACCUGCCACAACCGGACCGCCCAGAGGCAGAGGAGCGGCUCCCGGGAGCAGGCGGGGGCACCCGCGUCCGACGGGACCCGCGGGCCAGGCAGCCCAGCGGGCAAGGGCCGGCCCGAGGCCACUGUCUCUGCGACUCUGGGUAGGAGCCCGGGGCCCCGGAGGAACCCGGCCUGGGGGGAGGGCGGCUCUCCGCGGAGCGCGCGCAGCCUUCGGGGGGACCCGCUGCUGCGGUGUCCCGCCGGCAAAGGGGCGGAGAGCCCCCUCAGGAGCCCAGUGCGGGCCAAGACCAGCCCGGUCCGAAGGAGAUCUGAAGGCAAAGAUGUGGCGGGGGCCGUUACAGCAGCACCCCCGCCGGCGUCCAGGGAGGCCCCGGUGUCCUCCGUGCGAGUAGUGAGCACUUGUGGGGUGGUUUCCGAGGAGAUAGAGGUGCUGGAAAUGUUGAGGGAAGACGAGGUGGCCCCGGCGGCCCUGGCGCUCUCAGACGCGGAGCAGCCGCCUUCCACUAUCGAGCUGGAGUCCCCGGCCGAGGAGUGUAGCUGGGCCGGGCUCUUCUCCUUCCAGGAUCUGCGUGCUGUGCACCAGCAGCUGUGUUCUGUGAACUCGCAGCUGGAACAGUGCCUGCCCGUAUUCCCCGAGGAGCCCUCUGGCAUGUGGACCGUGCUGUUCGGGGGCGCUCCAGAGAUGACCGAGCAGGAGAUCGACACUCUGUGUUAUCAGCUCCAAGUCUACCUGGGCCAUGGCCUGGACACCUGCGGCUGGAAGAUCCUCUCCCAGGUACUUUUCACUGAGACCGACGAUCCCGAGGAGUAUUACGAAAGUCUUAGCGAGCUGCGGCAGAAGGGCUACGAAGAAGUGCUUCAGCGGGCCAGGAAGCGCAUCCAGGAGCUUUUGGAUAAGCACAAGAAUACAGAAAGCAUGGUUGAGCUUCUGGACUUGUAUCAGAUGGAGGAUGAAGCCUAUAGCAGCCUUGCAGAAGCCACAACUGAACUGUAUCAGUAUUUACUACAGCCAUUCCGAGACAUGAGAGAACUUGCCAUGCUACGGAGACAACAGAUCAAGAUUUCCAUGGAGAAUGAUUAUCUGGGUCCCCGAAGAAUUGAAAGUCUACAAAAAGAAGAUGCUGAUUGGCAGCGAAAAGCUCACAUGGCUGUGCUGUCUAUUCAGGAUCUUACUGUCAAAUACUUUGAAAUAACAGCGAAAGCACAAAAAGCUGUGUACGAUCGAAUGAGAGCAGAUCAGAAGAAAUUUGGUAAAGCAUCAUGGGCAGCAGCUGCAGAACGUAUGGAAAAACUCCAGUAUGCAGUUUCUAAGGAGACUCUGCAGAUGAUGAGAGCAAAAGAGAUCUGUUUGGAACAGAGGAAACAUGCACUGAGAGAAGAGAUGCAGAGUUUGCAGGGUGGUACAGAAGCCAUAGCCCGAUUGGAUCAGUUAGAAGCUGAUUAUUAUGAUCUGCAACUUCAGUUGUAUGAAGUACAGUUUGAAAUCCUGAAGUGUGAAGAGUUAUUAUUGACAGCCCAACUGGAAAGCAUCAAAAGACUUAUAUCGGAAAAGAGAGAUGAAGUGGUAUACUAUGACACUUACGAAAGCAUGGAGGCCAUGCUGGAGAAGGAAGAAAUGGCAGCAUCUGUGCACUUACAGAGAGAAGAGCUACAGAAACUUCAGCAGAAAGCACGCCAGCUAGAAGCAAGACGUGGACGGGUUUCAGCCAAGAAAGCCUACCUCAGAAAUAAAAAGGAAAUUUGUAUUGCAAAACACAAUGAAAAGUUCCAACAGCGCCUUCGGAGUGAAGAUGAAUAUAGAACCCAUCACACAGUACAACUAAAGAGAGAAAAAUUGCAUGACGAAGAAGAAAGAAAAAGUGCUUGGGUUAGCCAGGAGAGACAAAGAACACUGGAUAGACUUCGAACUUUUAAACAGAGGUACCCUGGCCAAGUCAUACUUAAAUCAACCAGAUUGCGCCUGGCUCAUUCAAGAAGAAGAAGCACAGCCAGUCCCGUGCCCUGUGAGGACCAGUGUGACUCUCUGCCAGGAGCGCCCCAGGUAGAAGAGAAAAAUGAAAUGGUGGAGGAAGGAAGAGGGAAGCUCACAUCAUUGCAGAAAACAGAAGCCCAGAGCCUCGCACAGCUUGAAGAUAGUUCAUUAGCACAACUUGAAGCCCCUUCAUUACCUCUCAGUGGUGUUACCUCUGAACUGCCGCCCGCGGUUUCUCUUCCACUUUUGAAUAAUACUGACCUCGAACCGGGUUCUGUUACCAUAGCGCCACUCCCCCCACCUCUUCCUCCAACACCCCCUCCGCCCCCACCCCCUCCUCCCCCUCCCCCACCGCCGCCCCCUCUGCCUCUUGCCAAGGACCACUCCUUGGAGACCCUGGAGAAAGGUCAACUUGGUAGAGAGGGGAGCGAGAUGAGGACCGCGGAGCCUGCUAGCGCACCACCGGCACAGCUGUUUGACAGCAGCCAGCUGGUCAGUGCCCGGAAGCGGCUCAGAAAGACUGCUGAAGCUUUGCAGAGGAGGAGAGUGAGCUCACCCAUGGAUGAGGUGCUAGCUUCCUUGAAGCGUGGUAGUUUUCAUCUGAAAAAGGUUGAACAGCGAACUCUACCUCCUUUUCCUGAUGAAGAUGAUAGUAAUAAUAUCUUGGCACAAAUCAGGAAAGGGGUAAAAUUGAAGAAGGUACAGAAGGAAGUUCUGAGAGAAUCCUUCACACUUCUGCCUGACACAGACCCUCUAACACGAAGCAUCCAUGAAGCUCUUAGAAGAAUCAAAGAAGCGUCCCCUGAGUCAGAGGAUGAAGAGGAAGCUUUGCCUUGCACAGACUGGGAAAACUAACAAGUGACUCAACAGAAAGAAAAAAACACCUACAGUUGAAGAUCAAAGAUUUUUUUGGAAAACAAAAUUUUAAAUGUGUGAUUUCCCAACUGGAUUCCAUUAGAUGCAAAGUGUGUUGGCUCAGUGCUAUGAAAAAAUGGAAGCACAAUUGGCAAGUUAACGCUUUUCCAGUCAUUCCAAUAUUGGUGGUUAACAUGAGUUUUAGAUGUGCAGUGUUCCUGAUGCAAUGAAGAAAAGGCCUUCCAGAGAUGCCUGGUUUUUUAAGCACCUUCCCUUCCUGUCCACCCAUGUACAUCUUCGUAGUGGCCAGUCAAGCUAGGGGGUUGCUCUGAGUUUGAAGAACACUGGGUUGACAGAGACCUGUGAGCUGUAUCGGGACUGCUUUGAAAUCCAUCUUUAAGUGCACUGAAUAGUCCUCUGCUUGAAAACACAGAGCUUCUUCUGUAUCAGCUCGUAUAGUCGGGACACUCUGAAAAAGAAGUUUAUCAUGAUAGCUAUAGGACAGGAAUUGGAAAGAAUCAGAUGGAAAUGCACUGAAAAUUUCCACAUUACUCAUCUCCAAAGGAAUUUUCAUAAAGAUGUUCAACAUCUGAAAAGAUAUAUAACCAUGGAGAUACACUUAAUGUGUUUACCACAACAUGAUACAUUUAACAUGGCGUAUUUUUAAAAGACCACAUACUCUCACACUUUGUAAGGUUUUGAAGUAAAAAUUUCCAUGCUUUUAAAUAGCUCUUCAUAAUUGUGAAUUUAUAAUAGUUUGAAUUUCAUGUGCAGCUUUGUUUAUGAAAAGCAAUACUUUGUAACUUGAUAAUAUUUCAGAUUAUUUUUAGUCCUUUUGUUUGAACGAUUGCUUGAUUAGUGUAAUUCAACAUGACUUUCCUAUUGAGAAUCAAAAAUGAGGAUUCAAUAAUAGGGAUGCAGAUCUUAAGUCUGUUUAACAUGCACCAUUUAAGUUUUUCUUUUUAUGCUCCACAGUGAAGUGUGCUCUACAAGUAUGCAGAAAGUAGACAGGCAGAAAAGCCUCCUUGGAUAGCAUUUCACUAUCUUCACAUGUUUUGAGUGGAAUUUGGGGAGAGAGCCUUUAUUACUUUUAGUAGACCUUUUAAAACAUACGUAUGUAGUUCCAGGUGCUGAGUUUGCCAUAAUGGCACCCCGAAGGGCACAUUUAUAUGAAUGGAGCCAUUAUGAAUUCUCAGCAGGAGUGUUGUGGGCUUGAAUGAAGGUAGAUAUGGCAGACUCGGUCUGUAGUAUUCUGUAGAGUGUAAUUCUGCAUCAGAGAGAUGUUGGCCUUUAUAUGAAGGGAGUUAAGUAAGGACUGAUGUACCAAAAAGAACUUUAUUUCUUCCGAGGCAUUUCUCUGGCCUAGACCCAGAAAGCAGUCCCAGAGUAAAAGUCCUCCAAUGCAUAUGAAUUGGUUUUUCAGAAGAGAGAAAACAUGCUUACACCUUUGGUCACUUUAAGAUGUAUUUCCUUUAAAAUGAUUAUGGAGAAAAUUUUCUGUUUAUUGAUGAGAGUAGGAGCUUUUGCACAGUUUUUACA